AUGGCCGAUACUCCUCCCACUCCUGGGUCUCCCCCAGAGACCCCCGACACUCCAGAACCCGAAUUCCAAGAGCUGUAUAGCGACCCUCCCAAGAGGAUGCCCUCUUUGCGCUCUGUCUCCGAGCCCGACAAGCCUCUUCACCCCAUGUCCGCCUCUUCCACGCCUCUCGGUGUCCUUUCCAACGCACGGCGGCCGCCCGUGUCCACGGGAAUGUCUAGCGGACGUUUGCCCGAGGGCAUCAACGCCAAGAUGAGGGCCUUUCACCUCUCGCGGCAAGGCUCCUCCCCUCUCAACUCUCAGCCCAACUCUGCAUCGCCCCAGUCGCCUGUCACUGGCGGCGUGCCCAUUGCUGGGCCUGCCGUCGGGGCGCUUCGCCUGCCCGGCCUCGAUCCGCGCCCCUCAAGACCAGGAGCGCCCUCCUUUCCCCAGUCUAUGCCUCAGAUCCCAUCUGUUGCUGGUCCCAGCGGCGGUCUUGCAGGCAAAAGGAAAUUUGGGCUGAAGCUGAGCAACAUGACGCCACCGCCGCCGCCUGCGCAAGACUCGCAAAGUGCUGGAUCGGCAGGCCCGGCAGCGCCGCAGCUGGGGGGGCAGAGCCACGGCGCCCCCUCGCAGAUGAAGCAGUUUGAAGAAUACAUUGAUUCCGAAAAUGGCUACUUGACCUUCAAGGGGAAAGCCAUCAUCACGAACAAGGGUGUUGACUUUUCAGAUGGUUCCGUCUUUAGGAUAUCCUUGGACGAGGUCGAGAAACUCGACGAGUUGGGCAAAGGAAACUAUGGUACCGUCUACAAAGUUCGUCACAGUAAACCACGUGUGCCACGCUUUGGCCCCGGAUUGUCUGGAGCCAAACCACUUUCUGUUCCUGGGACUUUAACGGAUACUCCCGACUCUCCCGUCGAUGGCAAGGCUGGUGGCACAUCUGGUCUGGUUAUGGCCAUGAAAGAGAUACGACUCGAACUAGACGAGGCAAAGCUGGCAACCAUUCUGAAAGAGCUUGUCAUUCUCCACGAGUGCGCCUCGCCAUACAUUAUAGAUUUCUACGGCGCCUUUUUCCAAGAGAGCGCUGUAUACAUGUGCAUCGAAUACAUGGAUGGUGGCUCCAUUGACAAAUUGUACGCCGGUGGCAUUCCUGAGAAUGUUCUGAGAAAGAUCACAUACUGUACCGUCAUGGGUUUAAAGGAACUCAAGGACAAGCACAACAUCAUACACCGCGAUGUCAAGCCCACAAAUAUCCUGGCCAACUCCAGGGGCCAAGUCAAGAUCUGCGACUUUGGUGUCAGUGGUAAUCUGGUGGCCAGCAUGGCACGAACAAAUAUUGGUUGUCAAAGCUACAUGGCCCCGGAGCGAAUAUCCGGGGGAGCACUCAUGGCCGGCGGAGCAUCAGAUGGAACGUACAGCGUUCAGAGCGAUAUUUGGAGUCUGGGCUUGACCCUCAUUGAGUGCGCCAUGGGUCAAUAUCCUUACAAGCCGAACCAGACGUCUUCCAUUUUUGCUCAAUUAUCGGCUAUUGUGGACGAAGACCCUCCGGAUAUGCCCGCCGAUGGCUACUCUGCCACUGCUGUUCGAUUCGUAAAAUCUUGCCUCAACAAGAAAGCAAGCUUGCGUCCAACAUACCAAGCACUCCUCAACUCGGAGUGGCUCAAGGAUAUGACGAAACCCGAGACCAUCACCGAAGAGGACGAGGAAGCUGCCGAGAAUGAUGCGAGCGCAGAGGCCAUUUCCAACGCAGCAGAUAAUCUGGACAUGCGCAAGUCAGGCACUGAAGAUCCAGAUGUUGCGGAAUGGGUCAAAAGUGUCCUGGAAAGAAAGGAAAAUGGCCAGUACGGCGACGACAUUGAAAAGCCCGCGCUGCAUGCGGCUCCUCUAGAUGCCGUCAGUCCCGAUAUUCGAGCCGAAGCAGCUGCCUAA